AUGGCCAGAGAGACUCGCUCACCAUCGCCAGUAGGCAGUACUCACUCGUCGUCGAAACGAAGUCGCAGGAACGGUGACUACUACGAUAAGAGCCGUCGCGAUGAUGGCAAGGUUAACAGGAGGUCUCGAAGUCCUACGAGACAAUACCGUGAUAGAGACUAUGACAGACAUCGAGACCGAGAUCGAGACCGAGAUCGAGACCGCGAUCGAGAUAGGAGUCGAGAGCGUGAUCGUGGUUCCGGCCGUGAUCGCGGCCGGGAUAGUUACAGAAAGCUAGAUCGCUCAAUGGAGAGACGAGAAGACUACAGGGAUGAUGUACGUGAUGAUACUUCAUAUCGUCCAAGCCGGAGGGAUCGGUCACGACCUAGAUAUCACUCACGGGAUCGCCACGAUGGCAGAGAUUAUCGCCACCGGAGUCGCGACAGGCGACAUGACCAGUCUCGCGACCGCGGGCGGAGACGAAGAGACGAUUCCGCCGAUUCGAGAUUCGCGUCUAGGCGAGACGCAAGUAGAGAUCGCACAGCCAACAAGGCGUCAGCUACCAAGCCUCGGGAGACCUCCAAGCCGUCAACCCCACCAGCCCAGACCGACGAGGAGAAGAAAGCAGAAAGAUUGGCAAAGCUGGAGGCUUGGAAACAGAAACAAGCCGCUGAAAAGGAGCGAAAACAAAAGGAGCUCGCCGCCGCCGGCGGUGCGCGCAGUAUUCUUGACGAAAUUGAUAAAAGAUCUGGAUUGAGGCAGACAAUUGUAUCAGAAGCACCUCUGACACCUCAGACGUCUGCACAUACACCCUCGAAAACAAUCAAUUCAAAACCAUCUACAAGUAAGACCCCGAAUCCAUCAGAACCCGUUUCGUUACUCGGAAAGGAUGUCACCGCACCCAAUGGCUCUACGUCGACCUCACCAAGUGAAGUUGCACUCACAGCUGUCAAGGAUACACACACUGAAGCCGCUCCAUUAAAGGCGCGAGGUAAUGUCAGCGGGUUUGGUUUUGGUACCAAGUCCGCCGCCGAACCGGAGAAAGCGUCGAAACGUGCGAUCGAUUUCGGGGAUGAAGAUUCCGGUCGUAAAAAACUCAUGAAGCUUCCAGAUCAUUCCCUUGAAGAUAACAUUGACACUGUUAACGGAGAUGAUAACGGUAUUGAUGAAGGAGAUGACGAAGACGAUGUUGAUAUGCAAGACGGCGGAACAGAAGAGGAAAACGCUGCUGCUGCGAGAGCCGCAGCGGAAAAACGCGAGGAACGACUUCAAAACGAAUCUUUAGACGUACCUCCAAAAUCCGAGGAGCAAACAGACAAUGCAGGUGCCGAUACAGGCCCAGAAGUCCCCGCAGACGAUGCUAUCCCUGAAGCAAUGGACGUGGAUGAGGGAGACAUCGAUCCGCUUGAUGCGUUCAUGUCUGGUUUAAAAGAAACGGUUAAGAAAAGACCCUCCCGAUUGAAUACUUCAAAAUUGAAGCAUGAGCCUGAGCCCCUUUUUGGGGAUGGCGAUGAUGUCAACCUAAAGGCGAUAGAUCUUGAAGCCGACGAUUUUCUCGCAAUUGCGAAUAAGACUAGGAAAAAAAAGGAGUUACCGGCUGUCAACCAUGAAAAAAUGAAUUAUGAGCCGUUCCGGAAGAAUUUCUACUCAGAGCCCGUAGAUUUGGCCGGACUCAACGAGGAAGAGGUCGUUGCCUUGAGGGCAGAGCUCGAUGGUAUCAAAGUCCGGGGCGUCGAUGUUCCCAAACCAGUGCAGAAAUGGUCGCAAUGCGGAUUAGGAGUCCAAACUUUGGAUGUCAUUCGCAAGCUUGGAUAUGAGCAGCCGACCUCGAUUCAGUCACAAGCCAUUCCAGCCAUCAUGUCCGGGCGGGAUGUGAUCGGUGUUGCAAAAACUGGGUCCGGAAAGACUAUUGCGUUCUUAUUGCCCAUGUUCCGUCACAUUAUGGAUCAAAGACCCCUUGAUAGUAUGGAGGGCCCAAUGGGGCUAAUUAUGACUCCUACUAGGGAACUCGCAACUCAAAUUCAUAAAGAAUGCAAACCAUUUCUGAAAGCCUUGAACCUUCGUGCCGUGUGUGCAUACGGAGGCGCCCCUAUCAAGGAUCAAAUUGCGGAGUUAAAGCGUGGAGCGGAGAUUAUUGUCUGCACACCGGGCAGGAUGAUUGACCUUUUAGCGGCUAACUCCGGGAGAGUCACUAACCUGCGACGUGUAACAUACGUAGUGUUGGAUGAAGCUGACCGAAUGUUUGACAUGGGAUUCGAACCACAAGUGAUGAAGAUUAGCGGCAAUAUCCGCCCUACAAGGCAAUCCGUUCUAUUUUCCGCAACGUUUCCCCGCAACAUGGAAGCACUCGCGCGAAAAACGUUGACGAAGCCCGUGGAGAUCAUCGUUGGUGGCAGGAGUGUCGUGGCACCUGAAAUUACGCAAAUCGUGGAAGUUCGAGCUGAAAACACGAAGUUUGUCCGGCUUCUCGAACUCCUUGGUAAUCUAUACUCAGAUGACGCGAACGAAGAUGCGCGUUCUUUGAUAUUUGUGGAUAGGCAAGAAGCCGCUGAUGGUCUGCUUCGGGAUCUAAUGCGUAAAGGAUACCCCUGCAUGUCAAUCCACGGAGGAAAGGAUCAAGUUGACCGCGACUCUACCAUCGAUGAUUUCAAAGCUGGAAUAUUCCCUGUCUUAAUUGCCACCUCGGUAGCAGCGCGAGGACUGGAUGUCAAGCAGCUGAAAUUGGUCAUUAAUUAUGACGCACCCAAUCACCUUGAAGACUAUGUCCACCGAGCUGGCCGCACGGGCCGGGCAGGGAACACGGGAACUGCUGUUACGUUCUUGACAGAAGACCAGGAGCGAUAUUCCGUAGACAUUGCUAAGGCACUGAAGCAAAGUGGGCAGGUUAUCCCUGAUGCCGUGCAAAAAAUGGUUGAUUCCUUCCUUGAAAAGGUUAAGUCCGGGAAAGAGAAGGCCAGUGCAUCUGGGUUUGGUGGCAAAGGCUUAGAGAGGCUGGACCAAGAACGGGAUGCAGCACGAAAUCGUGAAAGGAAAACAUUCAAGACCGGCGACGAGGGUGAGGAAGAGGAGGAAAAGGAUAAGAAGGAGAAAGACAAGGGAGAGGAUCUCUUCUCCAAAGCUGCUUCUGCCGUACAAUCCUCUACGACUCCUGCAGCCGCUACAUCAACUGCUACUCCUGGUGUUCCCAAGGGCAUUGAUCUCGACGGGAAGAUUACCGUGCACAAAACCGAGCGGCCUGCUGCAACUGCCACAGGCAACAAUCCUCUUGAUAAAGUGGGGUCAGCGGUUGCCGAUAUCCAUGCUCGCCUCAACAAGGCUGGAGUCAUGAGGUCUGGCGUUCCCAUUGACAACAAAGGCCCUGAUGCCGGCGCCUUCCAUGCCACUCUCGAAAUUAAUGACUUCCCCCAAAAAGCAAGAUGGGCCGUCACCAAUCGCACCAAUGUCGCAAAAAUCCUUGAAGCAACAGGCACAUCCAUCACAACCAAGGGCAGUUACUAUGCCACUGGCAAAGAACCGGGCCCCAAUGAGAAUCCUAAACUAUAUAUUUUGGUCGAAGGUGACACUGAAGUUGUUGUAACUAAUGCCAUGCGCGAGCUUAUGCGCUUAUUGAAAGAGGGCACUAUUGCGGCGGUGGACAGCGAAGCCAGAGCUCCAGCAAGCGGCAGAUACAAUGUUCUAUAA